AUGACAUGUACUGGGUGGCUUUGUUCUCUGCCAAGAAGAGCAGGUAAAUCACGGAAAGAAUGUGAUGAAGAUAACUUGUGUAGCAAGCCAAACGUCAAUGAAGAAUAUCUUGAAGCAUUCAGAACAAAGUCUUUUAUCGAAAUAUGCAACAAAGCACAAGGGAAGUUUGGAAAGGCAAGCACCAGAAAACUGUGUCCCUCUUCUACAACAUCAUCUUCACUUCCUUUCUGCAUUCAUCUAACCGAGUAUUUGCUUGAACCACGGCAAGAAAUCAUAACAAACAUGAUGCAGAGCUUGAAAGUGCAUCAUCUUCUUGUGGACUACUUCGAAGCUAGCUUAGAAGCAUGUCGUUGUUGUGACACAAUCCUUGAAGGGAUUCAUUCAAUGCGACUUUCUUGUAGAAGAAUGACAAGAGUUGUUAAGCUAAGCAAAAGGGUGUUUGGUUGUGCAAAUACCAAUGACGAAACACAAAAGGAUAUUUAUAGAGAGCUUGCUUCAUUUGCGUUACAAAACAACCCUUUGUCCCUUGUUAGCACCAUGCAAUUCCGUGACAUUCACGAUAGGUACAUGGAACUCCUGCAUAGACUAAAAUCACGGAGAGGGAGAAUUCGAAGAAUAUUAACAUUAAAGAGAGUUUUCAAGAAGGUUGGAGGAAUUGCUCUUGUUACUUCACAUAGUAUUGUUCUUAUUGCUUUAUUAGUCUUUUCUUUUCAUAGCAUUGUUGGGUUGGUGGCAGCACCAAGUAUUGUGGGUGGCUUAAUUGGUUUGUUCAUAAAGAGAACGAAGAGGGUUCAUGAAGGGCUUAGCAAAAACUCUUCUGAAAGACUCUGCGAACAACUUGAUGUUGCUGCAAAAGGGGUUUAUAUACUGAUCAAUGACUUGGAUACUAUGAGUACGAUGGUUAAGAGGUUGCAUGAUGAGGUUGAACACAGGAAAACGGUUGCUGAUGUUUGUGUGAAGAAUGGUAGAAGUGAAAUAUUGAAGCAGGUUAUGAAUGAAUUUCAUGAUCAUGAGUCUAGCUUUUUGGACCAAUUGGAAGAGCUUGAAGAACAUAUUUACUUGUGCUUUCUCACCAUAAACAGGUCCAGGAGACUCGUUCUGCAAGAGAUUACGGAUAAAAAACAAUGA